AUGCACUGGCCAUCGCAGCAGAGGUUGGACGGAGGAGUGUUCCAACAGUACAGCUGUGGGAGCGGGAUNGCAGAGCGCGUUCUGUCCAACUACAUGCUGGCGCACAUGGUCCAGGUGGCCACGACAUUGAUCCAGCUGUACACCCAGCAGCUCAACGGGGUCGACCGGAAGGAUGCACUGGCCAUCGCAGCAGAGCGGGCAAGCCAACAAGAGGCGGAGGAUUUCCGCAAGUGGGUGAACAGCACCAUCAUGCUGAUGCUGGAGGCGCAACAAACGGAGGACUUCGACCCUUUCCAUGGAUUGAGAAAAAACCUGGUGGAAGGGAAGGAGAACGAGCCGCCAAGGCACCAAGUCUCCCUUUCCACGGCAACAGAGUGGCUGAAGAAGAUGGGAUGCGAAUACCACGACGGCAAAAAGGGUCUAUUCUUCGAUGGCCACAACGACGAGAAGACCCUUGCGUACCGGCACGACGAGUUCCUGCCGGCGCUGUUCGAGACCCGCGACUACAUGGAGGUGUGGAUUCCAAUGGGCAAAGAGGUCGCCUGGGGCACUGACGUUGAUGCGGUGGAGGAGUCUAAGCGCUUUCCGGAUUGUGGUGUCUGGGUCGGUGUCGAUGAUCUCGAGGCAGCGCUGGCAGACUUGCCCGCAGACCUGUACGCGUGGUAUCGGGACGGCCAGCACGUGCCCCUCAAGAAGUCACAAGGCCAGGGGAACAUGGUGUCGGGGGCGAUCAUCCACAACCUCGGCUUCUUCUCGGCAUCGUGGGUACAGAUCAAGGAGGCGGAGUUCAACCGCAGGAAACGAUGCGCUGCCUCAUUUGCCGCGAAGCGGCGGGGGGAAAACGUGAAAGUCGAGAAGUUCCGCCCUAUCGACAUGCUGCACAAAGACGAGCACGAACGGCACUGUUCCUACCACCUCUUCGAGUACGGCAAGAACAAGGAGGGAUACUGGACCGGGCUCAAGAUGCUGGACCACAUGGCAGACGUGCUCGACGUUUUCACAGUUCUCUACCCUGAGCACAAGCCUGUAGGCCUGUUCGACUGGUCGUCCUGUCAUGAUUGCAUGGAGGCCGGCGCACCGUCGGUGAAGAGAUUGAACUUGGGUGUAGGUGGUGUGAGGAACGGAGAAGAGCUUGCGCCGAUGGACCCCGUGACCAUCCUCGAAGACACCCCGAACCUCCCAGCGGGUGGUGUGAGGAACGGAGAAGAGCUUGCGCCGAUGGACCCCGUGACCAUCCUCGAAGACACCCCGAACCUCCCAGCGGGUACGACACAGCACUUGACGUUCCGAAGGGGAGACGCCCCCCCCUUCCACUCCCCGCAUCUCAGGCCGGCCGAGUAUGUCGGAAAGCUAAAAGGAAUGCGGCAGAUCUUGUGGGAGAGGGGGCUCCUGGUCAAAGGCAUGAGUAAGACCGGGGGCUCAGGCGAAAAGCAGGACCUCAGCAAGAGCAUGGAGCACGUUCUAGGAGAGCAGAAAGACUUCAAGGAAGUUGAUUCUAGUCUGGUGCUGUUUAUGCAGCGCGACGGGGAGGCCUGUCUCAUGCUUCCUAAGUACCACUGCGAGUGUAACCCCAUCGAACUUGUUCGGGGACGGGCGAAGGACUGGACUCGCAAGAAUUGCAUGUAUUCGUUGGAAUGCUUGCGCAAUAACGUGCCGCUAAGUUUUGAGAGCAGAGGAGGAUAG